AUGAGUGAGGCCGUGACAAUCAGAACUCGCAAGUUUAUGACUAACCGCUUGCUUCAAAGAAAGCAGAUGGUCGUCGACAUCCUUCAUCCUGGUAAGGCCAACCUUUCCAAGAAUGAACUUCGCGAAAAGUUGGCUCAAAUGUACAAGGCUGAAGCUGACAGCAUCACUGCCUUUGGUCUUCGUACUCAAUUUGGUGGUGGCAGAUCUACUGGUUUUGCUUUGAUCUACGACUCCAAUGAGGCUAUGAAGAAGUUUGAGCCUCAUUACCGUCUCGUCCGUGUCGGUCAAGCUCAACCCAUUGAAAAGGUUGCCCGUCAACAACGCAAGCAACGUAAGAACAGAGGCAAGAAGGUCUUCGGUACUGGCAAGCGUCUUGCUAAGAGAAAGGCCAAGAACCAAGACUAG